ACAAGUGAAUUCAGGUACGGAUGUUGCGUGAGGAGGUCUGGGGUGCAGUCGGUGUUCCAGUUCAUCCCAGAGGUGUUCAGUGGAGUUGAGGUCAGGGCUCUGUGCAGCACACUCGAAUUCUUCUCCUCCAACCGUAACACAUCAUGCCUCCAUGGAGCUCGCCUUGUGCACAGGGGCGUUUUCAUGCUGGAACAGGUUUGGGUCUCUUGGUUCCAGUGAAGGGAAAUUGUCAUGUGAUAGUAUAUAAAGACAUUCUAUACAGUUGUGUUCGUCCAACUUUUUAGAAACAGUUUGGAGGAGAACCAGAUAUGGGUGUGAUGGUCAGGUGUCCACAUACUGGACUUCUGGCCAUACUGCUUCAUUUUUGUUCUGGUUUCGUAAAUAUAAUGUGGAAAUAUCUGUACAUCUAAUAAACAUGCAUUAUCACUGCAUAUGAUGAUAUGAAGUUAAUCUAGGUAGAGUUUCACUUCUACGCUCUGAACAGUUAGAACUUUCAUUCAUUUUGGAUUUUAACCAACACCAGAGCAGCUCUACUGCAGUAAACUACAGACUGAAAUAUCACCCAUGUGCUGCUUAGAUUAUGGACAUACACUAUAAAAUCUAGCAUGAAUAUUGUAUUUUCUGUGUCUCUAGCCUAAAACCAUAACCCUGCCAUGAAAAACAAUGUUAUUUUGUUUUAAAUACUGUAGCUGUUCUGCGUGAUUCGAGUGUUCUAGUGUUCAGUGUAAAGGCCACUUUGAUUCCAAUGACAGUUUACAUGCACUGAAUGAAGAUGAAGGCUAAUGAAAUUUUAAUUAUAACAACACUCACUUUUAAUUAUGGUUUUAAAUCAUGACCAUUUUAAUUAUUAUGAAAUCUUCUUUCGAUCUGGUUUAUUUGCAUAGAACUACAGUCUGCAUCUCAUCUAUAAUGUUGGAUUGUGACCCCAUAACUGAGAGCUCGUACCAUAAGGGGUUAAUAAUGAUCUGAAUAAAUUAAUAAGGGGAUUUUGAAGAGGAAAAAGAAGACUCUGCAGGUUUGAAUCCAUCCAAGAUGAGAAACACUGAUAAGAACUACAUCAGGAAACGCCCUGUAACAUACAGAAAGCACAAGGGAAAAAUCCAGUGUAUAUUUCUGAGAGAUACUGUGCAAUGCAAAGCGGAUUAAAAAUACAUUUCAUACUCGAAUGUUAUUUUAUUCACGCAGGAUUUAACAGACAUAAUUCAGACUAAUGAAUAAAUAAUGCAUUGGUGUUUGUAAGUGGAAUCAUCUUUUUGUAGCUGAUAAUACACACAUCUACUGCAGAACUGUGUAUUUUAGUUCAUUUGCAUUUUCGUUUUUGGAACUUUAUGGAAAGCAGCACAGAAAAAAGUGGGAUGAGAAGAACAAAGAAAUAUUUGUAAAAGUGAAGCUCAUUCUGAGGUAAAGGGAAGGCGGGACACAGCAGACGCCAGAUACAGACGCACUGCAGACGCCAGACAGAGACACACUGCAGACGCCAGACAGAGACACACAGACCACAGCACCUUCACACCAGUCACUAACAGGCAAGAAAUAACUUCUAUUAACUCUACAAAUUCAAAAUUUCAGUUUAGUAUUUCAAUUCUUCUUUUUGAAACGUUUCUUGUCUUCUAAAAGAAACUUAUUAAAUGUAAUGUUUUCUUUCUUUUUUUUCUUUUUUGCUUUGUUCUGUUUUGUUGUUUUGAGAAAGUGUUAUUAGGAUCCACUUUAUCCUGAAUGGAACAACAAUAAAUUUAUAUUUUUCUCUCUGGACUAGUUUAUCAAUUUUUUUAAAUCAAUUUGUUUAACUUAUUUGAAAAUAAAUCAAAUAAUCUGAAUUUUUUAUAUAUUUUUUUAAAUUAGAAAUAUGUCUAGUGUACUGACAGAGCUCACUCAGAGAGCACUCAGAAGAAAAAGUAUUUAGAUGACCAUUCCAGUACAUUCUAUUUGAAAACCCAUGUUUUUCUUUUCUUUUCUUGUACCUUGCUUUCAGCUUGCUUUGGAUAACGUAAUACUUCCUGUGAAUAACUGCACUGUACUUACUUGUACCUUAAAUAUUUUUUACCUGUCAUAAUCAUAGUUAAAAAUAGCCUGUUCAGUGAGACUGAUACGUGAACGUUGACUGCAGCUGACUCAUUUGCAUCCUCAUAAACAUGUGAUAGUCUUUUAAGCAAGGUUUGUUGUCAGGACUACGUUACCCAUCAGCCCCUACACCUCACGAGAUCACACACACCUGCGUCACAUGUCUAAUGAGCAUGGGUAUUUAAGUUCUGUCUCUCGUAGCACUCCGUCUUGUAUUUAUUGCGCUGUUUACUUAGUUGUUAUUCAUGUAACUUGUUAGUGUUUUGUAACAUAAAAGACACACAGUUAAGCAGUAUUGGAUUUACUAACAAGCUACAAAAAGGUCAAGUGUGUCAGCAUUAGUAAUCUAAUAUACGAUGAAGAAAUCCACUGUCACGUACUGAACUCUUGUGCUAUCAGAGCUUCAGAAUAGGAACAUGGACUCAUCCACUGAAUUACUGCUUUUGAAUAAUUUGUACCAAAUCAUAACAUUAAUCACGAGCAGUGAUAAAAGCGUCCGUCUUUUAUUGUGAAAUUUUAUGGGUUCAGCGGUGAACUUCAUUCUGCUUUUCUCGGCAGGACUGUGGGCUCUCGCUUUGUGUGCAUCUCGUCAGUUUUAUGUGGUGAACACACCAAUGACGUGGACCAAUGCUCAGAAAUACUGCAGAGCGAAUUACACUGACCUGGCCACCAUUGUGAAUGAUGCAGAAAUGGAUGUUGUGAAGGAAGCUCUUAACGGGAGCAAAGAACAUUUCUGGAUAGGACUGAGGCGGAGUAAUAGCAAUACCUCGAUUGUUUUUAACAAUAUGUUCUGGGUCUGGUCAGAUAAUUCUCAAGUCUCAUACGGCUACUGGAAUGAUAACGAGCCAAACAACGACGGGAUUGAUAACUGUGUGGAAAUUUGGGAAGCAAGUGCAAAUAAUAAAUGGAAUGAUGCAGGUUGCAAUAACAGUGUCCGUUUCGUCUGCUAUAAAAAACGAACUCCUCUCACCGUGAUCACUGAGAAGAAGACCUGGCGAGAAGCCCUGAGGUACUGCAGACAGCAUCAUGUGGACCUGGUUUCUGUUGACUCGCAGGAAAUGCAGGACUGGGUGGGAGUAGUCACUAAAAAUGUCUCCAGUGAUAUGUGGAUUGGCCUGCGUCACACCUGCGCUCUGGGCUUCUGGUACUCGGUGAAGGGAGAGAUGAUCUGCUACCAAAACUGGGCUCCAGGUAACGGAACCGGAGUGGAAGAUUGUGGUGAUGUCGAGAGAACCGGAGCGGUUCUGUCCGAGAGUAAGAAGUGGGUCAGCCUGCCACAGACUCACGAACUCUACUUCAUCUGUAUCACCUUCCAGUGAAGGCUACUAGAAGUGGCCGCAUGAACUUCAGCUGGAUCCUCGUAGUUCAGGACCAGACAUUUCUUUCUCAGCAUCAUUUCACUUAAUUUUUUGGACAUGCAAGUACAACGAUUUAUUUAGGAAUUUCACAAUAAUGUUGAGUUUCUUUAUGAUGUUGGUCAAACUUUUACUUUCAAAAUAGCUCUCAGUAGCUUUACUGUUAGCUUCUGUUUAAAAGCUAGAAUAUGUGAGACUUUCCUUUUGUUCACAUGGGAUGUGUUUUAUUAUCAGUAAUACGUUGUUUAGCUGUUUAGCGUAUCAUUAAUAUUUUUGAUUUGCAGUGUUGAGAUUUAGUUAGCUACAUGUAGCAAUGCUACCAGCUUAAGCACAUUUUUAACAGAAUGGUGGUAGAUGAGCUAAUUUCCAAAUAAUGUCGCUUUUCCUGUAACAAGCUAUUCUUUCACGAAGUCCCCGUGUAGCGUGACGAAUCUAGCUAGUUACAUAUUUCCAGAAAUGAACCGAACCAAGAGUCGUUUAGUGAGCCCUCUUUGUAUCUGUUUCUAUUUGACGAUGUUUUAGUAAAGUAACACUAACUGCUUUUUAAAAUGGUUUACAAACAGAAAAGCUAAAUCUAUUCCGGCAUUACCUGUAAAAAGCAGGUACGUUUUAUUUCGUUCAAUAAAAGAGCCGUGCAAUAAAAUGAAAAUAUCCCAGGUGAUUUUCCUCACUUUGACAAUCUCCUUCAGUGUAGCUAGCUACUUUUUCUUAGAAGCUUGUAGGGUAGCUAGCUACUUUAUCAACACAGUAGUGAUUGAUCAUUGAAAUCAUGAGUGCCUUGUAGCUUGACCAGUUACAGUCACAAUGUAUCUUCUCCAACAUUGUUGAUUUGUACGUUGCUGUUCUUUCCUAAGCUUUUUCAAAUAAAUAAAG